AUGCUGGUGCUAGGGAAGAUCUCUGCGCUGCCGCCCUUUGAGCCGCGGCGCACUUUGGAGGGCCUCCUGGACCCCCGCGAGCUGUGGUCCACCCUCAAGGCAGCUGCGUUCGCGGCACGCGGCUGGCUUGGCACCAAUCCUUGGAAAGCGCUGACGGGUGCCUACACGAGCGGGACCCUCACGAAGCUGGACGUGCGCGCCUGGUCCAAGAUCCUCGCUGCAAACCUUGAGCCCGUCGCAGAUGUGUACCCGGGGCGGUGGCGGCGGAGCGCGCUGUCGCCAAUCCAGUGGUUCACAUUCAUGCUCAACCCCCCAGAUGAGGCCACGAUCCGCCUCAUGUUUGCUGAGGGGCAGGCUGACGGCGAAGCAGAUAUGCCGGCGUAG